AUGGCAUAUGACCGAUACAUUGCUGUCUGCAAACCACUGCAUUAUGGGAUAAUAAUGAACAGAAGAGCUUGCAUCCAGAUGGCUGCUUGUUCUUGGACUGCUAGUGUCAUCUACUCUGCACUGCACACGGGGAACACCUUUAGUCUCCCCUUCUGCCACUCAGAUACCAUCAACCAGUUCUUCUGUGAAAUACCCCAGCUGCUCAAGCUCUCCUGCUCUGACACAUACCGCAGAGAGUUGACAGCUCUUGUCUUAAGUAUGUUUUUAGUUCUAGGCUGUUUUGUUUUCAUCGUUGUGUCGUAUGUUCAGAUCUUCACCGCAGUGUGGAGGAUCCCCUCGGAGCAGGGCCAUCAGAAAGCCUUCUCCACCUGCAUUCCUCACCUUAUUGUGGUCUCCCUGUUUCUUUCCACUGGUGGCGUUGCCUACUUGAAGCCCAUCUCUGACUCCCUGUCCCCCCUGGAUCUCCUGGCAGCUGUUCUGUAUUGUGUGGUGCCUCCAUUGAUGAAUCCAGUCAUCUACAGCAUGAGGAACAGGGAGAUCCAAGCUGCCCUGAUGAAACUGCUCCACAGGCUGAUCCGCUCCAAGAACAAAACUUCCAUUACUUUGCUUUACUUAUGUUUCUUUUAUAAUUAACUAAUGAAAUUAGUGUUUUCAUACUAUAAUGUGCAAACUGUUUACAAAAAAUGAAGGUGGUGGGUUAAUUCUGUAGCUUUGUACGUACAAUGACACUUGACUUGAGUCAUUUUGUGUUAACACCAUUGAAGCAGGAAAGUAAUGUUUCAUGCAUCAAUUUUACUGUCUGCGCCACCUAAUAUAUAUGCCAUCAAUUACAAGAU